GGUCCGCCGCUACACCACUGUACACGACACGCCGCCAGGAAAACGAUGGUAGCGGAGUCUAUCGUGAGUGAUCUCCAUUGAUGGGGGGAAAACGUUUCCCAAUAAAAAAAAACUCGUACCGGAAAAAAAUUAAACGCGCGCUCUCGCGAGCGGCCGUUCGGUGAGUAUCCGGUCCUGGUGCGCGACCAGGACUCCCAGCUAGGAGCUCUCCGUAUCCCUCACGCUCUUCGGGUGGAGCGCGCUGAUCCUGCAGAAGAUCCCACGCGACUCGGACAUCGAAUGAGCGCAUCUCAAUCGAAACAAACGUGGAUUUCGUGACGGAUCAUCACGGUGUCUCUCUCUCUCUCUCUCUCUCUCUCUUUCUCUCCCUCUCUCUCUCUGUGUAUGUGUGCAUAUGUGUUGUGUGCCGGGCGGUGCGCGAGACGUAACGCACGCAGGGUGGUAGUUGAAGACACGCAGCAGUAGCACGAUGUUUCCGUGGUUCUGGAAAAUGCGAGCAAUGUGAAUCCGGCUGGAAUAAUCACGGGUAAAUACGUGGAUCCCAAACACGGCACGUUUACGCGCAUACGUACAUAGCAGAUACGCGCGGCCGCACGCACGCGUUACGCACCCCCGGGAUAACGAUGCUGUUGUCAGGAGGGAACUGCCGACGGCAUCCUUGAAUCUUUGUUGGAGCACUGAGUGUGGCAGCCAGCGACGGAACGUAAGAUAGAGUGAUAUGUUAACCGAAGACAAUGAUCCGACAAAACCAGCAAGGGUUUUAGAUAAUGCUGGCAACGUGUCUUCCUCAACAGAAGCCUCGGUACAGCAUCCUCGCGCUGCAAACAAUGAGACCGAAGUUAAGAACGAGGUGCAGGACUGUCCUGAGAAUGAUAAUGUACCCGGUAGUGAACUAUAUAUUGACGAAAAUGCCGAGGAAAAAGAGCAGGAGUAUCCGGAUUCGAUGGAAAAAACGGAUUACGGAUCCUUAUACACCAACCAAUAUUACAACUUAUACAAUUCGCCGCCUUAUGGAUCAACGACAGCUUCGAAAAACGCAUCAAGCUUGCAGGGUUCGUAUCUAAGCUCUUACACAUCGUCAAGCUCGAUGACGCAGUAUCCGUCCUACGCCGGUUACAAUAGCGGGACGACAACCUUCCCAAACAUGGCGCAAAAUAUAUCAUCGGCCUCUCAAAAAUUAGAUUAUAGUGCUUACAGCAGUAGUUUGUACGGAAAUGACAGGGUAUCGCUUCAGUAUUCCGGAUAUUAUUCUGUGCCUGGUUAUCACGCGCCACCGACUUCGUUCAAUAUCGGAAAUUCAAUCAACUUUGCUGAUUCGACCAAGUCUGCGCUUAUGUUGGAUCCAACGACGCAUGAUGCGAGCGAUCUGACCGCGCGGGAAACCGCAAACAUCGAAGUGGCAACGACGAAGCCAUGCAGACGCGGAAGGAGACAGAGCGGAAGCGGAAACAGUAUCGGUUCCGCGGAUACGACGGAAGCCGGCCCCGAACGUAUAUUCAUCUGGGACCUUGAUGAAACCAUAGUCGUGUUCCAUUCCCUACUAACCGGACAAUUCGCUAACAAAUAUCGUAAGGAUACAAAUCUUCUGGCUCAAGUAGGAUUCAGGAUGGAGGAGAUGAUAUUCAAUUUGGCAGAUACGCACUUUUUCUUCAGUGACGUUGAGGAUUGCGAUCAAGUGCAUAUAGACGAUGUUUCAUCAGACGACAACGGUCAGGACUUGUCAUCUUACAAUUUCGGGACCGACGGUUUCCAGUGCGCGUCUGCGAACAAUGGGAUAUGCUUAGCUUCUGGUGUACGAGGCGGAGUCGAUUGGAUGAGAAAACUAGCAUUUCGUUAUCGUAAAAUCAAGGAAACUUAUUGCAAUUAUCGGAACAAUGUAGGUGGCCUUCUAGGUUCAACCAAGCGCGAACAGUGGCUACAGUUACGUUCUGAGAUAGAAAUGUUAACCGAUAACUGGUUGACGUCGGCAGUCAAGUGUCUGAAUCUUAUCAACAAGAGAACCCAUUGCAUCAACAUUCUAGUAACAACUACACAGUUAGUGCCCGCACUCUCCAAAGUUUUGCUAUUUGGCAUUGGCGGAAUAUUCCCUAUAGAGAAUAUAUAUUCAGCCUCUAAAAUCGGAAAGGAGAGCUGUUUUGGUAGGGUAGUCGCCCGAUUUGGUCGCAGAUGUACCUACGUGGUAAUAGGAGACGAUUCGGAUGAGGAAACAGCAGCGCGAGCGCACAAUUUUCCUUUUUGGAGGAUAAACAGUCACUCAGACACUCAAGCCCUGUAUACUGCCUUAGAAAUGGGAUUUCUUUAAUCAAAAACACAUACAAAAACCAGUAUCAUUAGGAAACAUUUUGGCCGUAUGAAACACUAUAUUAUUUCUGUGCGAUUUGCAAGAAAAAUUAGCGAUUAAAUCAAUUCAAACACACACACACACACACACACACACACACACACACACACACACACACAAAAACACGCGCGUGCGCGCAAGCGUAUAAUCCCUCACUCUCUUUUUCUGGGCAGCUCUUAUCAUUUCUAUAACUGUUUUAAUGUGUGUAAAAUACAUACAUUAAAAAAAAAGAUUGACUUUCAUAACUGUCAUCGUUAUAUUCGUCGACGAAAACAAUUUGUGAAUUCGGACAUCUUGUCUGAAAGUGAUAUAGAAUGAAAGUAAAAUUUUAGUGAUAGGUAAAUUCGAAGAAUAAAGAUUUAUGUAUAAUAAGAUUUUUUCUGAUGCGGUUUUCUUGAUACUUAGUCAUGUGUACUAUAAUAAAUUUACUAUAAUAAAUUGAGAAACGAAAUUUGUGAAAAGUAUAUAUAAUAAUAUACGUUUCAUGUACUUAAACAUACCGUUUGCAUCUUUUUUUAAUAUAACAAAAUCAAAUAAUUUUUACUAAUAUGUGCUAAUAGAUUUUAAUAGAACAGAAUUUCUUUAUCGAUACUGUUUACACAGUUUGUAUGUAAUUUAUAUUACAUAAUUUUUUAUAAACUAUUAUUAUAACUCACUCUUAAUAUACCGUGAUAUCUCUAUGCACAAAUUACAAAAAGUUUAUUUGAUUGUUCAUUACAAUUCCAUUAAUUUCAUCUAUUUAUACCUGUAUUUGUUAUAUCAUAUGUAUUUUUUUACAUUCCACUUAGUUUUAAUGUCGCAAAUAUAGCAAAUAUAAGGAACAUUGUGUAUUUUGAAAGUAUCCAUAUCAAUUACACGUUACACACACACACACACACACACACACACACACACACACACACACACACACACACAUAUAUAUACCCACACACACCAUAUAACAAUCUUAUUGAACAUAAAUGCAUUAGAAAAAGUAUUUAUACUAUAUAUUUGUAAAAAUGCUAUAUAGUUAUUAUCGUAUUUUGGAAUUGUACAAGGCUAUUUGACAAAUGAAAAAAUGCAUUAACUUAUAAUAUAAUAAAGAUGAAAGAAUGAAUUAGUAUAGUUACUAAUUACAGUUGACAUCGUUAUGUGUAAAAACAGCGUAUAAAAAUUUUCUGGAUACCGUAUUAUUCGUUAACAAAGCUAUUAAUAAAAAUAUAAUUGAAAAUAUAAUAUGUAAUGUUCGUGUCAAAAGAAGAAUGCAAAAGUGAAAGUAACUUUAUCCCUUGGUAAAAGAAAUUAUCUAUGCAUCGAGUCUAUGUUAAAUUAUAUAUAACUAAUUUAAUAUCAGCUAUUCUGAAAAUAAAUCAAUAUUCUAAGA